GUGGCCGCGGCGGCUGCUGUGAGGUUGAGUCAGUUGUGAGACCCGGAGCUGCUGACCCAGCGGGUGGCCCACCGAACCCGCGACACAGCGGCAGACGACAGGGCUCGGAAGCAGCGAGCCUGGCCCCGUCCUAGAGCUCGGCCGAGCGGGCACCGCCGUCGUUCCCCGCCCCCAGCCAGCAAACCGUCGCCGCGGGCGCGCCCCCGCUCUGCGCUGUAUCUCCGAUGGCGUCCGCCUCCGGGGCCAUGGCGAAGCACGAGCAGAUCUUGGUCCUCGACCCGCCCACAGACCUCAAAUUCAAAGGCCCCUUCACAGAUGUAGUCACUACAAAUCUUAAAUUGCGAAAUCCAUCGGAUAGAAAAGUGUGUUUCAAAGUGAAGACUACAGCACCUCGCCGGUACUGUGUGAGACCCAACAGUGGAAUUAUUGACCCAGGGUCAACUGUGACUGUUUCAGUAAUGCUACAGCCCUUUGACUAUGAUCCAAAUGAAAAAAGUAAACACAAGUUUAUGGUACAGACAAUUUUUGCUCCACCAAACACUUCAGAUAUGGAAGCUGUGUGGAAAGAGGCAAAACCUGAUGAAUUAAUGGAUUCCAAAUUGAGAUGUGUAUUUGAAAUGCCGAAUGAAAAUGAUAAAUUGGGUGUAACUCCACCAGGGACUGCUCCGACUGUCACUUCAAUGAGCAGCAUCAACAACAACACAGUUGCCACACCUGCCAAUUAUCACAAGAAGGAUGACCCCAGGGGACUCAGUGUGUUGAAACAGGAGAAACAGAAGAAUGACAUGGAACCUAGCAAAGCUGUUCCACUGAAUGCGUCUAAACAAGAUGGACCUAUGCCAAAACCACACAGUGUUUCACUUAAUGAUACUGAAACAAGGAAACUAAUGGAAGAGUGUAAAAGACUUCAGGGAGAAAUGAUGAAGCUAUCAGAAGAAAAUCGACACCUGAGAGAUGAAGGUUUAAGGCUCAGAAAGGUAGCACAUUCGGAUAAACCUGGAUCAACCUCAGCUGCAUCCUUCAGAGAUAAUGUCACCAGUCCUCUUCCAUCACUUCUUGUCGUAAUUGCAGCCAUUUUCAUUGGAUUCUUUCUAGGGAAAUUCAUCUUGUAGAGUGAAGCAUGCAGAGUGCUAUUUCUUUUUUUUCUCUUGACCAGAAAAAGAUUUGUUUACCUACCAUUUCAUUGGUAGUAUGGCCCGCGGUGACCAUUUUUUUGUGUGUACAGCGUCAUAUAGGCUUUGCCUUUAAUGAUCUCUUACGGUUAGAAAACACAAUAAAAACAAACUGUUCGGCUACUGGACAAAUUGUAUAUUACCAGAUCAUCACUAGCAGAUGUCAGUUGCACAUUCAGUCCUUUAUGAAAUUCAUAAAUAAAGAAUUGUUCUUUCUUUGUGGUUUUAAUAAGAGUUCAAUAAUUGUUCAGAGUCUUGUAAAUGUUAUUUUAAUAAUCCCUUUAAAUUUUAUCUGUUGCUGUUACCUCUUGAAAUAUGAUUUAUUUAGAUUGCUAAUCCCACUCAUUCAGGAAAUGCCAAGAGGUAUUCCGUGGGGAAAUGGUGCCUCUUACAGUGUAAAUUUUUUUCUCCUUUACCUUUGCUAAUAUCAUGGCAGAAUUUUUCUUAUCCCUUGUGAGGCAGUUGUUGACUGAGUUUUUCAUCCUUACAAUCCUGUCCCAUGGUAUUUAACAUAAAAAAAUAAUAAAACUGUUAACAGAUUCUUGCUUGGUAGCUUGUUUGUGUCUGUCGUGUUAUUAGAGGGGAGUCCACUAUAUAUGGUCACUUGACAUUAUGAUGCAAAGGUUUCUCUUGCAUUGAAACCCUCUCAGAUAUUACAGUAUUUUUAAUCAAAACUCCUAAUUCUGUUAAGGAAAGGAGUUGAUUAAAUUUCAAGGUAUUACUAGUAUUUUGGGGGAUUACAGUUUGUUUUCAAGAUAAUAGAAAAUAAGUUUGUUUUCAAGAUAAUAGAAAAUAAGGUCCACGAGAAUAGAAGUUAGGUGAUUUCAGUGAGUUGAUGUGUUCAGAGUAAUCUGAUUUGCCCCAUUCAUAACAAGUUCUGAGAGUAUGUUCUCAAGGAAUAUUUAACUCUCCUUGGUUUUGUAGUGCUUUUUAACCAGUCUAAUAAGUCUUAUUUGUAACAUUUCAUAAUAAUAAUUAAAAGGUGUUUUUUCCCCACCCAGUUUGGCACUCAAAAUAAUGUUCAUUAUGGAAGUUUGGUAAAACUGAGCAAGCCUAUGGAAUUUUCUUUAUGAAAAAUGAUUUUAUCCUUUUUAAAUGUUAACCACGUGAAACACAUUUUCAGUGUAAGUAUGCGUUACAGGGUCUGAUACUUUCCUGCACUUAGUCUUACGUCUUCAUUUUAUUGAUACUAGGAUAGAAAAUUUUGGAAUCUCAAAAUAGAUUCAGAUUUUAGCUUCAUACAGUCUAGUACAGGUGAAUUUUUAUUAAACAUAGAUGUUGGUUAUUUUUUAAAGAGUUGCACUCUACCUGAAAAGGAAACUGGAUUUUAGAACUGGAUGUGGUGCAGUGAAGUAUUUUAGGCCCAGGUCUGUGUACACAUUUUAUAGAAGAGUGAAGUCUUCUGAAAUAUUUGGUUACCUUUUCAUUUCAACUGUAUUUUGAAUUUGUCAGAUCACAUAUGUUGUAUUACUGUGCUCUGUGGUAUCGUUUAUAAAACCUCUUGCUUGUGUGCAAAAGUUGCUAAAAAGAAACACAAGUAACGCCUCUCCAUUACUAGCAUGCUGUGCUUCUGGGAGUAUUUCCACUCCUGUGUGCUUUAGUGUCUGUAAAAAUCCCCCGUCCCCUUUUCUGGUAACUGGAAAAGCAUGCUAAAAAUCGUCAUAUUUUCACCCCAUAAAUGCAGAAUCAGUAAUUCCUUGGCUUAACGCUGUUACAUAAUCAACAUUAUUGGUGACAAGUGUCAAGCAUUGUAUCUAUCAUAGCUAUCUUUUUUAAAAGAAAUUAAGUUCUUGAAAAUUUAUCCAAAUCCCGUUUUAUGGGAAUGCUCCUUAGAAUUCAUUUUGUUCAGCCCCUUUGUUUUAUAGUUGAGAAAUCUGAGGCCUUAAGGUUAAGAGAACUUUCCCUGUGUCUCACAGGUAGAGGCAGAGCUGGAGCUAGAAAUCUGGCCUGUGGACUCUAACUCAGUGUCUUUUCUGGUAACUAGGAAAAAAUUGUCAUAAUUUGAGAGUGGCUGAAUUAAUGAAUAUAAGAUGCUGUUUAUAAUAAGCAUGUGAAGUUUCCUAUCAUAAGACUACUGGCUUACUGUUGAAUACAGUUUGGUUAUAGUGUUUAGGCUAGACAUGCCUCCCACAUUAUUAAUAAAUAAACUUUACAAAAUACAAUGUAUUUUUAGGUAGGCAUUUUAUAAAAUGCAUUAUGCCAUGGUUGGUUUUGAGAUAGAUUGUAGUCUGGCUAGCAUCUGUAUGUGGUCUUAACUGUUCUUCAUAUCAGGAGAUGCUCUGAUUGUAUAGGCCAGACUCUUGUUUCUGUUAUUUUUAAUCGCUUUAUGAAAUGUGAUCAGAUCAUUUUAUUACCAACAUUGACAGUUUGAAAGUCCGACUGUAUUUAUUGACUCGAUAAUAUAGAGAUUAAAUUAUCUUCAUUCCUUA